AUGUCCUCAGUCAUCAAUCCCAUCUCGAGGCGUGCCUCUUCCCUCCUGCCCCGCCUCCGAUCCCGGCCGGCAUGGACCCUCGGCCCCCGGCCCGUCGCCAUCGGAGGUGCCGUGCAGAUCCGGUCCAGCUCUCACUCCCCAAUGGGAUCGCCCCCGACCACCCAGCGGAAAAAGGUUACCCUCGGAACCUUGCGCUCACUGCACCGCAAGGGUGAGCCCAUCACCGUCAUGACUGCCCAUGACUUUCCCAGUGCCCAUGUCGCCGACCAUGCCGGUAUGGACAUGGUUCUCGUUGGUGAUAGUCUUGCCAUGGUUGCUCUCGGUAUGGAAGAUACCAGUGAGGUUGUACUGGAAGAGAUGCUUCUGCACUGUCGAUCUGUCGCGAGGGCAACCAAGUCGGCCUUUACUGUCGGUGAUCUGCCAAUGGGUACAUAUGAGAUUGGACCCGAGCAAGCUCUUGCUACCGCCAUUCGCUUCAUUAAGCAAGGCCGUGUUCAGGGUGUCAAGCUUGAGGGUGGCAAGGAGAUGGCCCCUACCAUCAAGAAGAUUACCACUGCAGGCAUUCCCGUGCUGGGCCAUGUUGGUUUGACGCCUCAGCGACAGAACGCUCUUGGUGGCUUCCGUGUUCAGGGCAAGACCAGCGCUGGGGCUAUGAGCAUUUUGGAGGAUGCACUCGCCAUUCAGGAGGCCGGCUGCUUCGCCAUGGUCGUCGAGGCUGUUCCUGCAGAGGUGGCCGCCCUCAUCACCGAGAAGUUGUCUAUUCCCACCAUCGGCAUCGGCGCUGGCAACGGUUGCUCCGGCCAGGUUUUGGUGCAAGUCGACAUGACUGGAAACUUCCCCCCUGGAAGAUUCCUGCCCAAGUUUGUCAAGAAAUAUGGUGAUGUCUGGGGUGAGAGCAUGCGGGCUAUCGAGGCGUACCGGGAUGAAGUCAAGACACGACAAUAUCCCGGCCCUGAGCACACAUAUCCCAUCUCAGCAGAGGAACUUGAUAACUUUACCAAGGCGGUCAAGGAUCUGUGA